UUCAUAUCAAAACUUUCUCGGCUUUACAAAAAUAUCUGUCUGUUGAUAUUCCUGUAAAUUUCUUUGUUGUGCUGUAUAUCUUGAGAAGUUUCUUAUCUUGUAAUGGCGGAGGAAAAUGCACCAGAGCAUCAGGAUCGCGGUCUCUUCGGUAUGUUUGGGAAGAAGAAAGAGGAGGAGACACAUCAGCAGCAUGGCGUUGACGUGGAUCCUCACGGGCAUGGACACGUAGGCGAAGCUCACCCUGCUCCUGUGUCUUACGGCGACGUGGAGGGGGGCAAGCUCCAUGGCGAAGGUGAGGAGAAGAAACACGAAGGGGGCCACAUGGGGAAGCUGCAUCGCUCUAACAGCUCUUCUUCCAGCUCUUCUAGCGAAGAGGAAGAAGAUCAAAAGGGGGAGAAGAAGAAGAAGAAAAAGGGUGGAUUGAAGGACAAGAUUAAGCUUCCCGAACACCAUGACAAGAAAGAGGAAGAACACGAUCAUGGCGAACAAGGCGAAAAGAAGGGUUUGAUGGAUAAGAUCAAAGAAAAGCUCCCUGGACACAACAAAGAGGAAGAAAAAGAGUAUUGAGAGUUGUGUGUUUCUACAAAUAUUUAACGUAUAAUAAAAUGUAAUUGUUGGGGUUUUCUUAUAAUUGUAAUGUUUUUUUCAGGCCCUCUGUUUUUUUGUGAAAUUAUUUACUUGAGGGCAGCUCAACCACUUGGGAAGUUGAAACUUUGAGUAGCAUUAAUAAGUUAAAAAAAUGGGAGGUGCCUUCUAUACCUGCAGUUUUUGUAUAAAAUCUUUGGGCUUGCAGUCUACGUUAUGCCCACUGUAUUUGCAGGGUUUGAGCACAAGCAUUGUAAAUUAAUAAAAAAGUCAAAAUAGUGAUUAUAAUAAAAGAUUCUCAUAUCUGCUUUAA